GUUUUAAACAGACUGUACGUGAAUAUAAAGGAAUCUAUAAAGUGUCCUAAACGAUGAAUACAAAAAUUAUGCUAUCGACCACGGCUUUUAUUGUCUAUGAAUGCAAGGAAUUCAGUUAUUGGUCUGUGAUAAAAUGCAAUUUGUUGUAAUGGAAUGAAAAUUGUUGGUUAAAAAACUAAAAAGUUAGCAAUAUUACGCAACAUUCGAUCAAGAUAGUAUUGUUCCAUUUUAGGUUGUGUGUACAUAAGCCAUUGAUGAGAAAAUAAAUUAUUCCAACUACCCUAACCUUUUUUAAGAAAAAAUUUUUGAAUUAAUGCAAUCUUUACUUGGAAUGCCACGACGAGCUCUAGUAACAACUGUAGUGAGAUAUGUUAGUACCUCAAAAUCACUUCAGAAGCCAUUCCGAUCCAUUCCAACUUUGGUUUUUGGAAAAUAUCUGCUUACCACAAAUAUUGUCAGCUCUGGAGUUUUAAUGCUUGUAGGUGACGCGUGCCAACAGGAAAUCGAAUAUAGACAACAUAAACUUAAGGAGAGAUAUGACUUAGCCAGAAUGACACGAAUGUUCAUUGUGGGGCUCCUUCUUGGCCCCAUACAUCACUACUAUUACCUAUACAUAGCCAAAAUAAUGCCCAAAAGGGAUUUUACCACAGUUGUAAAAAAAAUUGGUUUAGAUCAGUUUAUGAUGUCCCCCAUUUGUAUAGCAACAUUUUUCUAUGGCAUGGGCUUAUUGGAAAUGAAAACUCCCAGAAACAUUAAUGAGGAGAUAGCCCGCAAGUUUGUUGACGUCUAUGUGAUGGACUGGUGUGUAUGGGUGCCCACCCAAUAUGUGAAUUUUUAUUAUGUACCCGUAAAAUACCAAGUUUUGUGGAUAAAUGCAGUAACAAUGUUGUACAAUGUGUUCUUGUCUUUCAUCAAACACAAAGAUGUCGAAGAAGAGUUGACGAGUGUUGUGCUUCUGGAAUCCCCUCAGGUUAAGAAAACUAGUUGAAGCAUUAACAUAUUGGUUCUGCACUACAACGUUCGUCUUUAUAUUGUUAUUAAAGCGAAUAGUAUUAUAUUUUUCAAAUCA